AUGGGCGCAAGACAACAAUCAGUACCGAGGGCAUGGUCCGCAGUUGAAAGAGCUAUCCGCCGCUCCAAAACCAGAACCAGCAGUCCACAGAGCAUUGCAGGAAUUCCAAAAAGUCUAUUCUUUCGCAUAGAAAAAGGUGGCUUCAAGGUUCCGAAGUAUCAAAAUACUUACCGUCUGGAAGCUUACAAGCCCUUCAAGUGCGAGGUUGUUGAUUUAAUCUUGAUCGGCGUGAUGCAGGAGUAUUUAGCCAGCUUGAAAUAUCAUCCUCAGAUUUGCAUGCAAAUCUGCCAGAGAAUGUCGGAAGAAGUGCGCGACAAGAUUUGCAGGAAGUUUUAUGAUCGAUACAAAGUUGUGGUUGUCAUGUCGAUCGUCCAAAAGUUAGGGCAAGGCGUGCGAAUAGAUUUUAGCAAAUUAUGGGACGUUCAGAGAGACGCGUACUCCACCCAUGUGAUCGAGACUGCGGAAUAUUUUGCGAUAGGCCUCGUCGUGGGAACUUAUUACGAGUGAACGAGUAUUAAAGAUCGAUGGAGGGAUUUUGUGACGAUGAGCAACUAAGCCCUAGCAAGCGUUAAUUCUGAAUUACACAGAAAUAAAGAGCGUUUUACACAAAGUUUUAGAAAUGAAAGCAUAUAUAGAUGAAAUUAAUAAAAUCACGGUUUAAUGGAAAAGUGCACUGUACUCGUAAUAUAAUUAAACUUCGAUCGAACGUUCGCCGAUGUUAUUGCUUGAAGAAAGGAUCGUUGAUCCACACACACACACACAAAUUAGAUCACGUGUGUUUCACGUUUUUCUUUAUUGUUAUUAAAUUAAUAUAUAUAUCAUUCGUAUAUAUAUAUU